CGAAAUUUCCAUCAGACAUGAGACAACCCACACGGUUAUAGGAUCUUCUUUUAAUGCAAUUACUUCUUCUCUCUAUAUAUAUAAUACCCAGAACCCUUUUUCUUGAUCAUCACAAUACCCUCAGAGAUUUCAAGCAUUUCCCAGUAAGGCAGCGACUACCACAAUCAUCUAAUAAUGGCUCAAAUUAUUUUUCUUUGCUUUCUUCUGGUAAAUGCAUUUACGGGUCCUGCCAUGGCUAGUGAUGAGUUUCAUGCCAAUGCCCCAUCACCCGGUCCAUCUUAUAGCAGUCAGCCGCCGAGGAAACUUGGGAAGCAUUCAUCGAUUGCCCCGCAAGCGGCAAAGACUGUGCAUUCUACUGCGGAAGAAAGCAGGUCUUUAGAUAAAAUAGGUACAGCUCCAUCUGAUCUUAUUAAUGGAGAGAAUGUUAGCUUAGAAGGGCAGGUGAUUCACCUUAGAGGCCAUCAUCAUUCAAUAGAUAAGUCGGUCGCCGGUGGUGGUGUGAUUAUCGGCAGCCUUGCUACCACCUUUUUGGUGGCGAUUUUCUGUUACAUUAGAGCUACUAGAAGACACAAAGCUGAGACUGAGAUUACUAAUUAGUGUUUUUGAACGUAUAUAUAAUUACUUAGGUAGAUGACGAUCUGGAUCGAUCAGCCGUCUCUGUUAAACACUGUAAAGAAUGGUUAUUAGAGUUUCGUUUCAUUGUUAAAUUAGUGAAACUGUAAUGUAACGAAAAUAUUAGUUGUAAUGUGUCGUUUCCAUUUGCUUAAUUGAAUUAUUAUGAGCAAGAUCAUAAAA